GUGCUGCUCGCCGCGGGGCUGAUUUGGCUCCGGGUCCCUCAGCCGCCGCCAUUAGGAGUCCGCAGAGCCCGCGGCCGCCCCUCCUCUCUCCCCCCGACCCCUCAGUACCCCCCGGCCUCCGCGCCUCCUCUCUGCCCCUCCGCCCCCGCCUCCGGCAGCCGGGAGCCGCGCGCGGGCCCGCGGAGACCAUGUCCUGACUGAGGGGAGAGGGCGGAGGCGGCAGCAGCGGGGCGGGCGGCGGCGCCGAGGGAGGCGGAGAGGGGCCGGGCUCGGCUCGUCGCCGCGGGCUGUGCGAGGAGUCGCCGCUGCCGCCGCCGCCGCCGCCGGGAGCCGAGCGUCGGACGGGAAGGAGGAGCGGGAGCAGAAGCUGGAGGAGGAGUCGCCGCCGCCAGGAAUUAGCUAUUCACAGUCAUACAGAACCACUUAUCACGUUUUGCAGUAUCUCCUGAGGAAGUCAGAAUCUGAGCCAGCAUGAAGACUGAAUCUUGUCUUUGGUCUGAUUUAUAAACCGUGUUUUUAUUAUAACCAUGUGCAAAGUGGAGGUUAUAGCAUGGAAACUAAAAUCUUACUUCCUGCCUGACAUAACUCACUUCAAGAAGUGCACAAUGUCAGAACGUGGAAUUAAGUGGGCUUGUGAAUAUUGUACGUAUGAAAACUGGCCGUCUGCAAUCAAGUGUACUAUGUGUCGUGCCCAAAGACCUAGUGGAACAAUAAUUACAGAAGAUCCAUUUAAAAGUGGUUCAAGUGAUGUUGGUAGAGAUUGGGAUCCUUCUAGCACCGAAGGAGGAAGUAGUCCCUUGAUAUGUCCAGACUCUAGUGCAAGACCACGGGUUAAAUCUUCGUACAGCAUGGAAAAUGCAAAUAAAUGGUCAUGCCAUAUGUGUACAUAUUUAAACUGGCCAAGAGCAAUCAGAUGUACCCAGUGCUUAUCCCAGCGUAGGACCAGGAGUCCCACGGAAUCUCCUCAGUCCUCAGGGUCUGGCUCAAGACCAGUUGCUUUUUCUGUUGAUCCUUGUGAGGAAUAUAAUGAUAGAAAUAAACUGAAUGCAAGGACCCAGCACUGGACUUGUUCUAUUUGCACAUAUGAAAACUGGGCCAAGGCUAAAAAAUGUGUUGUUUGUGAUCAUCCCAGACCUAAUAAUAUUGAAGCAAUAGAGUUGGCAGAAACUGAAGAGGCUUCUUCAAUAAUAAAUGAGCAAGACAGAGCUCGAUGGAGGGGAAGUUGCAGUAGUGGUAAUAGCCAGCGGAGAUCACCUCCUACUACAAAACGGGACUCUGAAGUGAAAAUGGAUUUUCAGAGGAUUGAAUUGGCUGGUGCUGUUGGCAGCAAGGAGGAACUUGAAGUGGACUUCAAAAAACUAAAGCAAAUUAAAAACAGGAUGAAAAAGACUGAUUGGCUGUUUCUCAAUGCUUGUGUGGGGGUUGUAGAAGGUGAUUUAGCUGCCAUAGAAGCAUACAAGUCCUCAGGAGGAGAUAUUGCGCGUCAGCUCACUGCAGAUGAAGUACGCUUGCUGAACCGCCCUUCUGCCUUUGAUGUAGGCUAUACUCUUGUACACUUGGCUAUACGUUUCCAAAGGCAAGAUAUGCUGGCAAUUUUGCUGACAGAGGUGUCUCAACAAGCAGCAAAGUGUAUUCCAGCAAUGGUGUGUCCUGAACUGACAGAACAAAUCCGGAGGGAAAUAGCUGCAUCUCUUCAUCAGAGAAAGGGGGAUUUUGCUUGCUAUUUUCUAACUGACCUUGUAACAUUUACCUUGCCAGCAGAUAUUGAAGACUUGCCUCCAACAGUCCAAGAAAAAUUAUUUGAUGAGGUGCUUGAUAGAGAUGUUCAAAAAGAAUUAGAAGAAGAAUCUCCAAUUAUUAAUUGGUCCCUGGAAUUGGCUACACGAUUGGACAGUCGACUAUAUGCCCUUUGGAACCGGACUGCAGGAGACUGCUUACUUGAUUCUGUACUACAAGCUACCUGGGGAAUUUAUGACAAGGACUCUGUGCUUCGGAAAGCCCUGCAUGACAGCCUUCACGACUGUUCACAUUGGUUUUACACACGCUGGAAAGAUUGGGAAUCCUGGUAUUCUCAGAGCUUUGGUUUACAUUUUUCCUUGAGAGAGGAGCAGUGGCAAGAAGACUGGGCAUUUAUACUCUCGCUUGCUAGUCAGCCUGGAGCAAGUUUGGAACAGACACACAUUUUUGUACUUGCACAUAUUCUUAGACGACCAAUUAUAGUUUAUGGAGUAAAAUACUAUAAGAGUUUCCGGGGAGAAACUUUAGGAUAUACUCGAUUUCAAGGUGUUUAUUUGCCUUUGUUGUGGGAACAGAGUUUUUGUUGGAAAAGUCCAAUUGCUCUGGGUUAUACAAGGGGCCACUUCUCUGCUUUGGUUGCUAUGGAAAAUGAUGGCUAUGGCAACCGAGGUGCUGGUGCUAACCUGAACACCGACGAUGAUGUCACCAUCACGUUUUUGCCUCUGGUUGACAGUGAGAGGAAGUUACUCCAUGUGCACUUUCUUUCUGCCCAGGAGCUAGGGAAUGAAGAACAGCAAGAAAAACUGCUCAGGGAGUGGCUGGAUUGCUGUGUGACUGAGGGCGGUGUUCUGGUUGCCAUGCAGAAAAGCUCUAGGCGGCGGAAUCACCCCCUGGUCACCCAAAUGGUGGAGAAAUGGCUUGACCGCUACCGACAGAUCCGGCCUUGUACAUCCCUGUCUGAUGGAGAGGAAGAGGAAGAUGAAGAAGAUGAAUGAAAAAAAAUCAGCAGCAGAAGACCAAGGCAUUGGAUCUGUGAUGACCCCAAAGUGUGGUGCUCCAAGCAGAGUAUGCAGCAUGGAAUGAACCCAAACUGGUAGUGUCUGCUCUGAGGUGUCUGCCUGAUCCACACCAGUGGAGACGGUGCAGCUGAUGCACUAGGAGACGGAGAACUUUGGUUGGACUUCAGUUUGUAAAAAACUAAUUUUAUUAAGACAGAACUUUUUUUUCUUCAAAUUGUAAAUCUGUUUAUAAAUGUAACGCAUGUGGUUGUGUAAGAAAUUGUGUAAUAGGAAAAGCUGUACCAGCAUCUUCAUAUUAUUGAGAAAUUUUUUUCAGCAUGGGCACUUACAAAAAGCACAUGGCAGAUGAUUCUUUGUUCCUUUGAGAUAUUCUUUUUUCAGUAGAACCUGGCAUUCUGCUUUCACGUUAAAAGAUUCAUUUAACAUCAAGUCUCAGAAAUCUGGAAACGUUUUUGUAUAAAUUAUCUACAGCAAAACAUAAAAAUAAAUAAGCUUUUAUUUUAAUAAUUUAGUUCCUGUUGUGCCCAAUGAAAUAAAAUCACAUCUUUCAGGAACAAAACCGUAAGAAAAGCUAAGAAUUUUUUUAUUGAGUAAACUUCAUACAGACAUCGCUUUCCUUGUUUGAAGAGGGUUUUGGUUUCUAUUAUUUUGUCUUUUUAAAGUUUUCUGAUAUAUCCCUUUUCAGUAUUUAGGUAUUUCUUUGGAAGAGUAUCCUAAAUUUAGGGUUCUUAGAGCAGACUCUGGGCAGUGGUCUGUUUGUGAAUAGUCAUUCCCUGGAUGGGCAGGGAGCAGAUCACAACUCACUACACGGAUUGUGUGCAAUUUGCUCACUUGGCCACCACUUGACAGUGUUCUGCCCACGUGGCCACGCAGAGGGGCUUUGGGACCUUCCGUCAUCACCUCUGCUCUAAGCGAAUCUUGUGAGGAGGGCAUGGCUUUGCUCAGGCAGACUGGGAAUACCAGUUCAGUUCAGAAUAAAGAUUUGAAAACUGCAAUAAGGUGGUAAAUGAAUUGUAUGAUGAAUUUUUUCAUGUUGGUUAAUUGUGGCCAUUAUUAUUUAACGUUAAAACUACAGUCUUAGGUAGAAAUUUUUUUUAUAAAGUUACCUGACCAUUUCAGGUAUACAUUGAAUACUGGGCAAAAAAUUUCAGACCUCAGGGACACAGAAAGACUUAGUGUCCUGAUAAGCACUUUUUAAACUGUUGAUAGGGCAAUGAAUUUGAAAAGCCCGAUCUAUGUAGACACAACAACACAUGAAUUUUUCCUUCCCUCUGAAAACCUUGUUUGCUUCUGGUUUUAUGUUUAGUUAUUGGAAUGUAUGUAACCUCAAAUUUGAUGCCAGAAUACUAAAAACAAAUUACCCA